AUGGCUGGCGCUGGUGGGGAGACGCUACCGGGGAUGGGCGAUACGGGCGACUUUGUAGUGGGCGAGCGUGUUUUCGUACCACAUGUCGACCGACACUAUGAGGCCAAGAUCCUUAAGGCGGAGUUUAAGCGGAAUGUGGAUUGGCCCGAAGGACAGUGGUACUACUUCCUUCACUAUUCGGGUUGGAACAAGAAGUAUGAUGAGUGGGUGGAGGCCACUGGACUGGUCAAGGCGGCAGAGCUGGGUAUGGUGACUGGCGCCAUCGGGGCAAAUGGCGGAGGGGCCAAGGGCGGUGCGGGGGCCGCCAAGAAAAUGCCCAAGGAACGGUUUGCUGCGGCCACUGGAGGCGGCGGCGGUAAGAAGGGCGCCGCCAGGCUGGCAGCAGACCUCGGGGCUAUUGGUGGCGCCGUCGUGGGCGGUGCAAGCAGUGCUGCUGCUACAGGUGGUGGUGACACGGGUGCGGCCGCUGGGGGUGCUGCCGCCCAUCGGGGGCUGCAGCUGGAGCUGGAUAUCUCCCCUGUGCUGAAGAAGGCCCUGCUUGACGACUACGAUGCCAUUGUGACCGACGCCCGGCUGGUGCCGCUCCCUCGGAGCCCCAGUGUGGCGGAGGUUCUCAGGAGGUACUGCGAGCAGGCCACUGAGUUAGGCGGCUCGGGUGCUGUGGAGAUGGAGGUGGCUACUGGGCUACGGGCCUAUUUCGAUAAGGCUCUCAUGGCGGUACUUCUCUACCGCAGUGAGCGCCCACAGGCCAUGGUGAUGCUUUCUGAUGGCCGCCUGCCCUCCUCAGUGUAUGGCACCGAGCACCUCCUCCGGCUGUUUGUAAAGCUUCCGGACCUGCUGGCGGCAGCGGGGGCGGGCAGCAUGAACGAGGACAUGCUGGUGCAGACGGCCACGGCUGUCCAGGAUUUAAUGAACUGGGUUGCUGAGCAUCUGGACUCACUAUUAGCGCCGAGAGAGACUUACCUGGACCACUUUGAGUUCAUGGCAGGACUGACAGGCGAGGUGGCGGAGCAGGUUGCUGCAGCCGGCUUUAUGGGAACCAACAUGGCGUCAUACAGAAGGAAUUGA